AUCGCUCAUCGUCGGCCCUUUACUUCCUCAUUUCGCUUACUGUUCCUGAUCCGAACCUACCCAUCCCAUGCACAAAUCUGCAACGACACCAUCGGAAACUUCACGUCGAGCAGCCCUUACGCGAAGAACCGCGUCGCCGUCCUCGGCACUCUUGCCUCCAACGUGGCUGCACAUGAUGGGUUCUACGCCACGAGCACGGGCGAGAACACAGACACCAUCUACGCCAUCACUUUCUGCCGAGGGGAUUCGUCGGCAGAUACCUGCGCGAGCUGCGUGAGCUCCGCGGUCCAAGAUUUGGUAGUCAAGUGCCCUAACCAGAAGGUGGCUUUCUCCUGGGGAACGGGAGAUCCGCCAUGCUUUCUCCGAUACUCGGACACUCCGGUCUACGGGAUACUGCAGACGAGUCCUACCUAUGAGAUGGCCAACAUCGCCAAACACAUCGCCGUGGACCAAGAACAGUUCGAUGCGGUGUGGGGGAACUUGACGCAUGGACUAGUGAACAAAGCCGCGGACGGCUCUUCGAGGCUCAAGUACGUGACGGGGCAGGCAGACCUGCCGGACAACGAGACGGUCUACUCGUUGUUACAGUGUAGCCCUGACUUGUUGCCGAACGAUUGUGGGAGUUGCUUGAAUGAGGCCAUUAAUGACUAUUAUAAGUGUUGUCGCGGAUGGCAAGGUGGGUAUGUCUACAAGCCAAGCUGUAUUUUCCGAUGGGAGUUGCACAAGUUUUUCGAGUCGAGCCCCAGUCCACCGUCGUCUUCUCCGCCACAUCUAGCUGCUCCGCCGACUCCCGGUGGAAAAAUCACCAAAGGUACCUUAGCCGCAAUUACCGCUUCGGUCGCCGUUUUGGUAAUGCUUCUCUUCAUUGGUGGUUGUUACCUUCGGAGGAGGCCGGCAGAGAAGAAAUAUGAAGCGGUGCAAGAAGGAAGCGGUGUAAGCGAGAUCACAUCGUUGAAGUCCUUGCAAUUCGAUUGGGAUACUUUAGUCGCCGCCACGGACAACUUUUCUCAAGAAAACAAGCUUGGCCGAGGUGGCUUUGGGGUGGUUUACCAGGGUAGGUUUCCCAACGGGCAAGAAAUAGCUGUGAAGAGGUUAUCCCAGACCUCAGGGCAAGGCGUCCAAGAAUUUAAAAACGAGAUCGUGUUGGUGGCAAAGCUUCAACACCGGAAUCUAGUGAGAUUGCUCGGAUUUUGCUUGGAAGGAGAGGAAAAGCUACUCGUGUACGAGUAUGUGCCCAACAAAAGUCUCGACUACUUCGUCUUCGACCCUGAGAAAAGCAAGCAAUUGGACUGGCCGAGACGUUACAACAUAAUAUCAGGGAUCGCUCGAGGGAUGCUCUAUCUUCAUGAAGAUUCUCGGCUUCGAAUCAUUCACCGUGAUUUAAAAGCUAGCAACGUCUUGCUGGACAACGACAUGAACCCAAAGAUUUCGGAUUUUGGCAUGGCGAGGAUUUUCGGAGUCGAUCAAACAAACGCAAACACUAGAAGGAUCGUAGGAACCUACGGCUACAUGUCCCCGGAAUAUGCGAUGCACGGGCAAUUCUCUCAAAAGUCGGAUGUUUACAGCUUCGGCGUCCUUCUCCUCGAGAUCAUUUGUGGCAAGAGGAAUGACUACUACUACCAAUCUGAUGGAGGUGAAACUCUAGCGAGCCAUGCUUGGAAACAUUGGAGAGACGAUUCGCCUUUGGAGAUAUUGGACCCAGCAUUGGGAGAAUCUUAUUCCAGAAUCCAAGUGCUCAGAUGCAUACAUAUUGGCUUCUUAUGUGUUCAGGAAGAUCCGGCUAAUAGGCCGACCAUGGCAAACAUUGUUCUCGCGCUGAGCAGCCAAACUCUUAGUCUGCAACUGCCACGAGAACCCGCCUUUUUCCUCCAAAGCUGGAGGGAACCGCCGAAUAACAUCAUACCGAAUGACCAGAGAGAUGAUCAAAUUACCAGCGGCUCCGCGCAUUUGUCGGCCAAUGGAGGGUCGAUCACUGAAGUCACCCUCGAUGAAGCACAUGAACUCUUCAGUUUGUCGCCUGACAAUCUCCGACUCUGCGUAAAGCAAAAACCAUUCAAAUCACCAAAAUCACCAAACCCUAAUAUGACUCGCGCAUCAUCUAGUCUUUAUUUCCUCAUUUUUCCGAUUCUUCUGAUCCGAACCUCCGCACAUCAUAUGGAAAUCUGCAACAACGCCGAGGGCAACUUCGCGUUGAACAGCACUUACGCAAAGAGCCGCGACGCCAUCCUCGGCUCUCUCUCCGCCAACGUGUCUGCACAUGCUGAGUUCUGCAACACGAGCAUGGGACAGAACCCGAACACCGUCUACGCCCUUGCUUUCUGCGUAGGCAAUACGUCGGCAAGUAUCUGCGAGACGUGUGUGAGCUCUGUGGCCCAUGAUUUAGUCGAGUGGUGCCCCAUCCAGAAGGCGGCUUUCUCCUGGGGAACCGGAGAGGAGCCAUGCUUUGUCCGAUACUCGAACACUCCGUUCUACGGCGUACUGCAGACGCAGCCUACCCGUUUGCUUGAAAACACCGACAACGUCACCAUUAGCCCAAAGAUGUGGUGGAACUUGACGCAGGGAGUAGUGAACGCAACCGGCCCUUCAAAGCUCAAGUUCGCAACAGGACAGGCUGACUUGCCGGACAACCGUACAAUCUUUUCGACGUUACAGUGCAGUCCUGACUUGUCCGCAAAUGAUUGCAGGAGUUGCUUGGACGAAGCCCUUGAUUUUUACGAUCGGUUUAGCCCCGGAAGGCAAGCCAGCGGUGUUUAUACGCCAAGCUGUAUUUUCCGAUGGUAUUUGGAGUUGAACCCCAGUCCAUUGUCGUCUUCUUCGCCACCUACAGCGACUCCGCCGGCUCCUGGUGGAAAUAUCCACAAAGGCACCUUGGCUGCAACUGUCGUGUCAGUCGCCGUUUUUGUAAUGCUUCUAUUCAUCGGAUGUCGUUGCCUUUGGGGGAAGCGAGCACAGGAGAAACAUGAAGCGGUACAAGAAGAAUGUGGUGUAACCGAGAUCACAUCCUUCAAGUCCUUGCAAUUCGAUUGGGAUACUUUACUUUCGGCGACGAACAAUUUUUCUCAAGAAAACAAGCUUGGCCAAGGUGGAUUCGGGGAGGUUUACCAGGGUAAGCUUCCAAGUGGACAAGAUAUAGCUGUGAAGAGGCUAUCCAAGUGCUCAGGACAAGGCGGGGGAGAAUUUAAGAACGAGAUUGUGCUGGUGGCGAAGCUUCAACACCGGAAUUUAGUGAGAUUGCUCGGAUUUUGCUUAGAAGGAGAGGAAAAGCUGCUCGUAUACGAGUUUGUGCCUAACAAAAGUCUCGACUACUUCGUGUUCGACCCCGAGAAAGGCAAACAGUUGGACUGGCAAACACGUUACAAGAUAAUAUUGGGCAUCGCUCGAGGGAUGCUCUAUCUUCACGAAGAUUCUCGGCUUAGAGUCAUUCACAGGGAUUUAAAAGCUAGCAACAUCUUGCUGGACAACGGUAUGAGCCCAAAGAUUUCGGAUUUUGGCAUGGCGAGGAUUUUCGGUGUCGAUCAAAGUGAUGCAAGCACUGGAAGAAUCGUAGGAACCUACGGUUACAUGUCCCCAGAAUAUGCGAUGCACGGACAAUUCUCUCAAAAGUCGGAUGUAUACAGCUUCGGUGUCCUCCUCCUCGAGAUCAUUUGUGGCAAGAGGAAUAACCACUAUUUCCAUUCUGAUGGAGGCGAAGAUCUCGCGAGCUAUGCUUGGAAACAUUGGCAAUGCGAUGCACCUUUGGAAAUACUGGACCCGGCAUUGAGAGAAUCUUGUUCCAGUAGCCAAGUGCUCAGAUGCAUACAUGUAGGCUUCCUAUGCGUUCAGGAAGAUCCGGCUAAUAGACCGACGAUGUUGGACAUAGUUCUGGCACUGAGCGGCCAAACUCUUAGUCUUCCAGUGCCGCGAGAACCCGCCUUUUUCCUCCAAACGGAACUGCCAAAUUACAAAAAAGGGGAUGACCCUGGAUAUGAUCAAUUUACCAGCGGCUCAGCGCCUUUUUCAGUCAACGCAGUAUCGGUCACUGAAGUCACCCUCGUUGAAGCACAUGAACAUAUUUGUUCACGGCAUGAUUUCGUCUGCUUCUCAAGCUAAUUAUGUGGAUGUUGUGUCCAGAAGUUCUAUUUAGCUGUACAUGAACUGUUAAGAGGAGUGAGCUUGUAGUCACUAAUAAACUGGUACUACUAAUGCGGUUGUAUCUUUUUCUCUUUGUACUAAAGGAGCCAGCCAUUUCUAGUUGGAUUGGCUUGUAAAAUUUCACUGAAAA